GAAACAUGUCAGAAACUGAGGACUAAACCUCAACCUAUUUAAGCCAGCUAUCAAGACUGUCCCACCCAACAUUCCACCACCACCCAAACCAACGGAACGAGACUAGAAACCACCAAGCACAGGAAAGAUAGCCUUCAAGAUAUUCGACUGAUGGAUCGAGAGAAACCACCACUAUCGGUCUAUGCGGUCAUCCUCGUCAGCUUUGAUCAUGCCUUAGGACCAACAGUCGAAUGGAGCUACCCAGCCAGCCUGGCAGAACAUGAAGCACUCAGUCAACAGAUCAACAGAAACUUACCAUUCCUUGCACUACCAGAUGGAGCUCACCUCAAAACUGAAGACUAUUCCUACUUCCAUCUCUUCCUACCUCACCUGUCAACCGACUCUACUAUCUUUGGUAUCUCCUGUAAUCGACAAAUCGUUAGCACUGAUCUCAUCAAUCCUGGCGCAGAUGUUACAAGGUCUACAGUCCAGAAAGCAGUUGUUGUGCUUGCCAAUCAACCCGUAUUUGGAUGUAUCAGAGACAAACUAGGGGUCGUCACACGAGCGCUGUUUGCCCAAAGAGACUUCACAGACCGUUCGAUCCUCGAGGAUUUUUACCACAGUUUAGCGGCCUCCUUCAAGGUAGGACUAGGCGAAGGAGGUGGGGAGGUGACGAUGCGACUGGCCGAACCGACGAAUGAGCAGACUUACCCCUCCAGCUCCGCAAGCUCUACCAAUGGCACUGUCGACUCAACCCUCGACCCCGAACAAGAGGCUCGUCGACUAGAGGCUCUCAGAAUCAAGAAGGGCAAACAGAAGGAACGGUCAGGUGAGGCUGCUAUGUACAUGGGUACUAAUUUGCGUGAAUUAAUUCAUCACUUUAGAUUGAAAACACUGCAAUUAGUCAAGCUGUUACUGCUACAACGAAGGAUUAUGUUCUAUGGACAUCCUGUAGAAAGCUUAUGCACCUACCAAUACUCACUCGUCUCUUUAAUUCCAUGUCUACUUGUCAAUCUUGAAGACUCCGGCUCACCCAUGCUAGCCGAACGCUCCCGGAAACUCUCUCAACCAACCUCGCUUCAAACCUCUGAUCGUCAUAGUCUAUUGAAAUAUUUCGGAUUGCCCUUGGACAUUUUCGGACAAGAUUCGUUUUUUCAACCUUAUUUACCCUUACAACAGAUCGACCUCUUGAAAGCUUCGACAUACUUAGUCGGAACAACAAACACGAUUUUCCAGCAGCAAAAGGAUUGCAAGAUCGAUGCUAUUGCGAACAUCGAACUUGCUACACUCGAGUUGAAGGAUCCUAAGCUUGCUAGCUUGAUUGCUCUGACCUCUGCUGAUCGGAAGUGGAUGGAUGAGUUAAUUGAGGCCGUUGAUUCUUCUUGGAACGAAGACGAUCCUUCCCGUCCUAUUGGAAACAAGUUCUUGGGAAGCGACGAUUAUCUUCGUAGAGAAUUUGAGAAUUAUGUUUGCUCGAUUUUGUCGGUGAUCAAGUAUGCAGAUUAUUGUGAGAAUAGUAGAGGGGGUGGACCGACAUUAGGUAAUAAUGAAUCGGCCAAUGCUAGCGUCGCCGCGUUCAACGAUGUGUUUAUCCAAGCAUUCAAAACUACACAUGCGUUCAAGUUGUGGGAUAAACAUACGGACAGUGUGAUCUUUGACUUGAUCGACCCACGACAUCCAUGUGAAGGGCGAGUCUCGGUAGUGGAGGAUGUAGGGAUAUGGUUAUCGCACGGGAUCAAAGACCUCAAGCUCGAUGAGACGCUCUCGAAGAGCUCAGAGAGCGUCUGGAAAUUGGCCUCCAGUAUCCGCACCGACUUUGCCAAACGACAGGCCGAAUAUAAGGAGAAAUCCAACGCUCAAAUCGCUGCUGCCUCACUCCCAAAGACGGCCGAAGUUGCCACGGGCGCCGACGCUAAAGCUGCUGGCGGCGACUCGAAUGUCGACGGCGAAGAGAAAGAAGGAGCAAAAGAUCACAACUCCGAUCACUCAGCAGAGCCUCAGCCAAUUCCAUCCCGAGCAUCAUCCAUUGCGACCUCGUUCAGCAGCUUCUUCUUCGGCACGAACCAAAACGGAGAAACUAGUACUUCAACCGUCCCGCACACCUUGCCCACCAUGUCCGUCGGAUCAGCUACCCCUACCCCGGAUCCUAAGAAUUCGUCGUCUACCGCUACCGUCUCGCCGAUCCAGUCUUUCUUUCGUUACAGUUGAUCUUCUCUUACUCUUCUUACUCUCUUUCUUUGGUCCCCUUUUCUAGGACGCUCGCAUCUUUCUUUUCUAUAAUCAGUUCGAUUAAAUCGCUAGCUCGUCUCUCUACCGUUGCUUGUACAUCUUCUUAUUCUUUCCCUUCCCUUCCCUUCCCUUCGCCCUCCCCUCCUUCCCCCGCUCGCCACUUAAUCUUACAUUCCCCUCACUAUGAACGAAGAGGAUCUUUUGUUGUUGUUUCUUUUACUGGCUUCUCUUGCGUUCUUCUAUCUACCCUCUUCUCUACUUCACUCGGAUUUACAUAUAUUUUGUUUUGUUUAGUUAAUCCUCUUCUUUUUUCUUCUUUUUUUUUGGAGGUUCAUUUACUAUUGUGUGUAUGUGAAAUAUCUAAAUACAUUUGAUUAUAAUUUGUUAGUCUAAUUUAAUCCUUCACUUGUGUUUUGUCGGCUUUGUUUUCUUUUAGUGGAUUGUCUCAUUCGUGGUUCGCUUAUUUAAAAUGGAAUCAUCAUCAUCAUCUUUAGAGAAGAAGCUU